GCAUUUCUUGUCUUUAAAUUUAUUGAAGGGGAAGUGGAGAGAUAAGUCUGUGCUCUGUCCUUUGGUUCUGGAGAGGGAGAGAGAUUUCGUUUUGUAGAGAGAAGCUUCGUUGAGCUAUCUGUCUCUGAAUCUCUGCAUAUGCUUGUGAACAAGAUCUAGUGAUGUUUUGGUGAAAGAACAGGGGUUUCAUCAUGUCUUCGCUGAGUAGAGAGCUAGUUUUCUUGAUCUUGCAGUUUCUCGAUGAGGAAAAGUUCAAGGAGACUGUUCACAAGCUUGAACAGGAAUCUGGGUUUUUCUUCAAUAUGAAACAUUUCGAGGAUGAGGUGCAUAAUGGAAAUUGGGAUGAGGUAGAGAGGUACCUCUCCGGAUUCACAAAAGUUGAUGACAAUCGUUAUUCUAUGAAAAUAUUUUUCGAGAUUAGGAAGCAGAAAUAUCUUGAGGCAUUGGAUAAGCAUGACCGGUCCAAGGCUGUCGAUAUAUUAGUAAAGGAUUUGAAAGUGUUUGCCACAUUUAAUGAGGAGCUUUUCAAAGAAAUCACUCAGCUAUUAGCAUUGGAGAAUUUCAGGGAAAAUGAACAACUAUCCAAAUAUGGAGACACAAAGUCAGCAAGAGCAAUCAUGUUGGUUGAGCUUAAGAAGCUUAUUGAAGCAAAUCCCUUGUUUCGUGAUAAAUUGCAAUUCCCAAACCUUAAAAAUUCAAGAUUGCGAACUCUCAUUAACCAAAGCUUGAAUUGGCAGCACCAGCUUUGUAAAAACCCUCGACCAAAUCCAGAUAUAAAAACCCUUUUUGUUGAUCAUUCAUGUGGACAACCAAAUGGUGCCAGGGCUCCCUCUCCUGCAAACAGUCCAUUGCUUGGAUCCUUACCUAAAGCUGGAGGUUUUCCGCCUCUGGGUGCACAUGGGCCAUUUCAACCUGGGCCAGUACCAACUCCUAUGCCACUUACAGGCUGGAUAUCCAAUCCUUCCACCGUAACUCACCCAGCAGUUUCUGGAGGAGGGGCUAUUGGUCUUGGUGCUCCAUCAAUUCCAGCUGCUUUGAAGCAUCCAAGGACUCCGCCAACCAAUCCUUCUGUAGAUUACCCAUCUGGGGAUUCUGAUCAUGUUGCCAAAAGAACAAGACCUGUGGGAAUCUCUGAUGAGGUUAAUUUGCCAGUUAAUGUGCUGCCAGUAACAUUUCCAGGUCAAGGUCAAGGUCAAGGUCAUGGUCAUGGUCAUGGCCAUGGCCAUGGCCAUGGUCAGGCAUUUAGUGCACCCGAUGACUUACCGAAGACUGUCACACGGACUCUAAAUCAAGGAUCGUCUCCUAUGAGCAUGGAUUUUCAUCCUGUUCAACAGACUCUUCUUUUAGUUGGCACGAAUGUGGGCGACAUAGGGUUGUGGGAGGUUGGCUCCAGGGAGCGACUGGUUGUAAGAAACUUUAAGGUGUGGGACCUCAGUGCAUGUUCAAUGCCUUUGCAGGCAGCUCUAGUCAAAGAUCCCGGUGUAUCUGUGAACCGUGUGAUUUGGAGCCCUGAUGGUACUUUAUUUGGAGUGGCAUACUCUAGGCACAUUGUGCAAAUACAUGCUUAUCACGGGAAUGAUGAUGUGAAGCAGCACCUGGAGAUUGAUGCUCAUGUUGGUGGAGUAAAUGAUCUUGCAUUCUCCCAUCCAAAUAAGCAACUUUGCGUGAUUACCUGUGGUGAUGACAAAACUAUAAAGGUUUGGGAUGCUGCUUCUGGUACUAGGCAGUAUACCUUUGAAGGUCAUGAGGCACCUGUUUACUCAGUUUGCCCUCACUAUAAGGAAAACAUUCAGUUCAUCUUUUCAACUGCACUGGAUGGAAAGAUUAAAGCAUGGUUGUAUGACAAUUUGGGAUCUCGAGUUGAUUAUGAUGCUCCAGGUCGCUGGUGCACAACCAUGGCUUACAGUGCUGAUGGUUCAAGACUUUUCUCUUGUGGAACAAGUAAAGAUGGUGAAUCGUAUAUUGUUGAAUGGAAUGAAAGUGAAGGGGCUGUAAAAAGGACCUAUCAUGGAUUCCGCAAACGUUCUUUGGGUGUUGUGCAGUUUGAUACUACGAAAAAUCGAUUUUUAGCUGCUGGUGAUGAUUUCUCCAUAAAGUUCUGGGAUAUGGACAAUGUUCAACUCUUAACAUCAAUUGAUGCUGAUGGAGGCCUCCCAGCUAGCCCACGCAUCCGCUUCAACAAAGAUGGCAGUCUCUUGGCAGUUUCUUCCAAUGACAAUGGGAUCAAAGUUUUGGCAAAUUCAGAUGGUAUUCGAUUGUUGCGUACAUUUGAAAAUAUCUCCUACGAUACCUCGAGAGCAUCAGAAGCUACAAAGCCUGUCAUAAAUCCAAUUGCGGCAGCAGCAGCAGCAGCUGCUACUAGUUCUGGACUUGCUGAGAGAAGUGCCUCUAUGGUUGGCAUUACUGAAAUGAACGGGGAUGCUCGGAACUUGGGAGAUGUAAAACCAAGAAUAACCGAAGAAUCCAAUGACAAAUCAAAGAUAUGGAAGCUGACUGAGAUCAAUGAACCAUCUCAGUGUCGGACUUUGAAGCUACCUGAGAACCUGAGCCUGAGAAUAACCAAGAUAUCAAGGUUAAUAUAUACAAACUCAGGAAAUGCAAUUUUAGCAUUGGCAUCGAAUGCUAUUCACCUUCUCUGGAAAUGGCAAAGAACUGAUCGUAACACAACUGGAAAGGCAACUGCUAGUGUGCCACCUCAAUUAUGGCAACCAUCGAGUGGCAUUUUAAUGACAAAUGAUACUCCUAACGUUAAUCCUGAGGAUGCUGUUCCUUGCUUUGCGUUGUCGAAGAAUGAUUCUUAUGUCAUGUCAGCAUCUGGUGGAAAAAUCUCUCUUUUCAAUAUGAUGACAUUUAAGACAAUGACCACUUUCAUGCCUCCGCCACCUGCAGCAACAUUUCUUGCUUUCCAUCCUCAAGAUAAUAAUAUUAUUGCUAUUGGAAUGGACGAUUCCACUAUUCAGAUAUAUAAUGUUCGUGUGGAUGAGGUUAAGAGCAAACUGAAAGGUCACUCACAAAGAAUAACAGGCCUUGCCUUCUCUCAUGUAUUGAAUGUGCUAGUUUCAUCAGGAGCAGACGCGCAGCUCUGUGUGUGGAGUUCUGAUGGUUGGGAGAGGCAGAAGUCUAGAUAUUUGCAGCUUCCAUCUGGAAGGACACCAACAGGACAAUCAGACACACGCGUACAGUUUCAUCAGGACCAGAAACACUUCCUUGUUGUGCAUGAGACUCAGCUUGCCAUUUAUGAAACAACAAAACUAGAAUGUGUAAAGCAGUGGGUUCCCAGUGAAUCUUCCGCUCUAAUAUCUCAUGCAACAUUCUCAUGUGAUAGUCAGCUAGUAUUUGCCAGCUUUUCCGAUGCAACUGUCUUUGUGUUCAGUGCUGGUACCAUGAAUCUCAGGAUGCGCUGCCGUAUCAAUCCCUCUUGUUAUCUUCCAAGUGUUAGGGCAUCUGCUGUUCAUCCACUUGUGAUUGCUGCGCAUCCACAAGAACCAAAUCAGUUUGCUUUGGGAUUAUCAGAUGGUGGGGUUCAUGUCUUUGAGCCCCCUGAAUCUGAAGGCAAAUGGGGUGUUCCUCCACCAGUUGAGAAUGGGUCAGCUGGCAGUGUGCCAGCUACCCCUUCAGUUGGGCCAUCUGGUUCGGAUCAAGCCCAAAGAUGAUUCUAUGGCUGCCAGAAUACAAGUUCUUUUACAUGCUUGGCUUGGUUGCCCAUCUCUAAUUAGUUGAGGUUCAUGAUAUGCUAUUUACUUGAGAAAGAAACACGAGAAGCUGUAGAUUUAACAUGUUGGUCAUCUAAGGUUCCAGUCGAGUAGCGUUGGACACGCACAGCCUCGUAGAAGGAAUGAUGUAGACGCUCUGUUUAUUUCAGUUGGGUCUCGUCUCAACUGUGCUAGUAUUAUCAAAACCUUUUCCACCAUUCCAUUGGUCUUCUUGCCUCAAUGAGCUUCACCAUUGCCAUGGCCCUUGCCUAUUGUAGUCAGUAUGGCAUUCCCUUGCUGAUGUCUCUUAUCAUCUGCUGCUUGCCAUAGUGGCAUGGAAGGCAAACUUCCACUGUAUCGAGCAUAAUGUCAACAAACGAUUAGACAUGUAAGUUGCCAUUGAUGGUUUAAUGCCACCACCAUCACCAUUGGAGCUCAAGAAACCCAUAUCUCGUGGGCACCAGAGAAUUCAAAGUUGGCAGCCAUUUUGAAGUUGAGGGGAUGAUAUGUUUGCGAAGCGUUCUUCCUUGAAAGAUCCAAGUAGUAGAUGUAUGUCUUCUCCAACAUCUGCUUCUGAAAUGCGUCCUUAUCAAGAACCUGGUUUGGAUUGCAACAGAAUGCAACAACACAGUGCCAAAGAUUAAAUUCAUCCAGAAAUCAACAAACUUGAUAAGACUCGGCUGUUUUGUUAUUUGAUGAUAAAAUAGAAGGGUACACGAAUCAGGUGGUGGACUGGAGGGUGGGGGGUUGGGGUGGCUUCAGCCUUCAAGAACGGCCUCAAGAUCAUCAUUCCUUGUGCAUACCAAAAUGGGCCCCUUGAAAUCAAGCGGCAUUGGCUCUACCCUCUUCUUAACAAGCAAAUUCAGGACGUUGCCCAUCUCAAAAUACAAAAUAGAGAGGGUUUUCCAAUGCUUAUGGUCAUGCCAUGAUCUGUGUAGUAAAACUAACUUUGGUGGAUUGACAUAAACCAAUAGGCAAUGGAAUCUGGCAAGGAAUGUUCGUUCCAAAAUCAUUACUAUAGGCCUGUAAUGAUAUUGAUUUGUUGAGUUAUUGCA